AUGGGUAGCACGAUAGUGCAAAAGCUGCUGCUCACGCUCUUCAUCGUGCUCGUCCUCAUCGGAAUCUGUCUGACGUCGGGCGGAUGUUUCUCGCCGGCGUGGCAAGUCGUCGACAUUCGCGAGUUCCGCGCCGAACACCAACACGGGCUCUGGUGGGAUUGUAUUCGCGCCGAGAAGCACGUCGUGUCCGUCGGCGACUUUUACGACGAGACGCCGCUUCACUGCAUGUACAAGGUAAAGAUUAUCCGCUGUGAUUGGCUCGUAAACUUCACAAACCCAUCUUUUUUCUUCGUUAUUAAUCUGUGUAGCUAGUCAAUUCGCUAUACAUACAAUACUGUACCAGAAGGGUACCCCAAUAUUGUCUCUUCUAGACGAUGUAACUCAGCUGCGAGUGGAGAUAUCAAAAAGUUGUCUACUAAUGAAUUUUUGCUGAAGACUUUCGCCACAUUUUAUCCGUUGACAACUUUUUGAUAUCUCUAGAGACAGCUGAGAUAAAUUGUCUAGAAUAGACGGUGCCUGAGAAUACUAAACAAGACCGGUUUCAGUUCGACAACUCUGCCGAGCUGGUCAUCGAAAACACUCUGAACAACAUUGACGAGGACGGCGCGGCGGGAGAGUCGGAGCAUCACAGGUUCUGGGCGUGGCACAAGGCCAUCCUCUUCUUCAUCAUCACCUCCGAGUUCCUCGCCUUCAUCGCAAUCUGCGCAGGAGUUUGUGCUCCGUGCGUUCCGUCCACCGCGUUCGCCUCUUCCAUCGCUCUCUUCAUCGCCAGUAAGUCUUUUCCACGUUCAAUUCGUGUCAGGCCUGAAAAACCGUACAUAACGGAGUUUAAAAGUUAGACUGCGAAGUAAUAGAAGGCCUCAAAAGCCGUCCAUUCAAGACGAUGUAUCUCAGUUGCCGGUAGAGAGAGCAAAAAGUUGUUAAUAGCUAAAAUGUACACAAUGUGCUCCUGAAUAUUUUCUCCGUUGAUUCGUUUUUGAUAACUCCAACGGCAGCUGAGAUAUAUAUCAUAAAUAAACGGUACUGGGGUACCCUUCUAUCACAGUAUAUACGGAAGAUGGAACCUGAAGUUAAAGAGAAUUCGCCAGUCAGCCGUUCGUUUUCAGUGCUGUGCUCCCUGCUGGCCGACGGAAUCUUCUUCCUCGCCGCCAACCGCGUCGACAACCGCUUCGUGCAGGGAAUGGUGGGAACGUACGAGCAGCGCAUCGGCUACGCCUUCUACCUCCAUCUGAUGGGAACGCUCUGCUGGAUCGGCGCGUUCGUCUGCUCUCUCCUCACCACCUACAAGUUCGUCUCCGGCGGACAGGACGACGGAAGGUUCGGCUUUUUCUCGGCUCGUUUUCAGUGAAACGCACGUCAUUGUGUUCUUUUCCGCCGCCUCCCUCGUUUAUUUCUUUCAUCCUUUUUUUUGUAGCAAGGAGAACCUAUUCACCUGGCAGCAGCAGACGCAACCAGCCACUCUCAGCGUGUAACUUUCCUCUUCCUCUUCUUCUUCUUCUUCUUCUUCUUCUCGGGUGGCUCUAACCGGCUUCUUCUAGUAGUUGUGCAUGGACACAGUGCUCUCAAAACUCUAGGUUUUCAGCUAACUGGGCGUGUCUGCUGCUGACCCUUUUCCGUAGUGCUUUUUGUGUCGUUUUCGUUGUUGUGCUUUGUGUGCAUCCACGUUAGUUUCAGAGAGUACGAAGACCGUCGACAUCAUCAUCAUCAUCAUCAGCAGCAGCAGCAGCAGUACAGCAGCAGCCGUUCCACGUGGAUCAACUAAACUGCCCCUCUAUCCCUUUGUUUUGAGAGCACUCAUCCCUCUUCUAUUAGUUGGUAUCGCCCUAGAUUCAGUGUAUUUUUGAGUUUUUUUUUUUUUUAAGUAAAAAAGCUAAACAGACAUACACUGAAUAACCCGAUGACACGUUUGACUCAGCAAACGCGCUCCACCGCACUCGCGUUUUUCACUCAAUUUUCGCAAGUGUUUCGAUGAAACCACGUGGAAAUGAGUUAAAUGUACGAUUUUGAAACAAGAAAAGUGCAAAAAGCGAGAACUUUCGUUGCGAUUGAAGACGAAAAUGAAUGAAAGCGCUGUGUGCUGAGCCAAACGGUAGGUACAGUGUGUCGAAAGCUCGGAGAUGGACGCAAAGUCUUUGAUUAAAGUAUCGAACGUUUCAGUGAAUUUGAGUGAAAAACAAUUUUUCUACUCAACACUUUCCACAUGCUGUACCAUCAAAAUCGUCUUCCCUAACCACCCCCUCUUCCUAACCAAUCACCUCGAUUCUUGCAGAAAUGAUCUUCCGUACCGGCGCGAGGAGCCGCUCCUCCAAGACAAAUUCGCGCAGUCGGCGUACCGACCGAGCCCCCAAGUACCGUACCGAACAACCAGUAUACCCCAAUUCCGUGAGACCAGUGCCUAA